AUGAGUAGAAUUUUCAAGUAUGAUGUUGUGACUUUAAUCGAAGCAAUAGAAAAUAAACCUUGUUUGUGGGAUAAAACUGCAGAUUGCUUCAAGGAUAAGAUUGAAAAAGAAAAAGCGUGGAAGGACGUGUGUGCGUUUUUUGAAGAAGAUUUCCUAGAAAAGGACAAAAAGGAACAACACAAAAUAGGUGAAGCAAUUCGUGGGAAAUGGCAAAAUAUCCGUGACUCUUUUGUGAAGUCAUUGAAGAAAAAAUCUGGACAAGCCACUACAAAAAAAUAUAUGUACCAUGAUAACCUAACAUUCUUGCUGAAAGUGGUACAAUCAGACGACACGCAGUCAAGUAUUGAUGACACCCAGGAUAACGAGCAUUCUCUGUUGAAAGAAACCCAAAACGAAGCCGAGAGGGAGUCUGAAGUACAAGUGCAACUCCAAAAAAAUAUCAACCCUAUGCCUGCAGGAAACAGGAACACAUCAAAAAAACCUCGCUUGCAAGAAGAUGUAGAUAAGAGAAUUUUAACAGCCCUAGAAAAGCCACCUGACGAGGAUGAGGCAUUCUUUCUGUCAAUUACUCCAUCAGUACGAAAAAUGUCAGAAGAUGAUAAGCUGUAA